AUGGCAGGAUCCUCGGGGGAUCAAGCUGAUGCGAUCGCCAUGCCACAGUCCCCUCGUACCAAGCGCAUCAUACAGCAUUUUGAGCGACAAAUGCGCCUCCAAGUUGAUGGCCUCGCUGAAGACAUUCACGUCACCAACGAGCGCCUUGGUCAGCUUGAAACAGCACAAAUUGAAGCCGGUUCGGCGCUCCAGGAAUUAAAAACCGCCCAAGCCACCACCAACACCAGCCUCGACACCAUCAUGACACGGCUUGAGGAGUUGUCCCAGCAGCUUGGUGAGGUACAGGGCGACACUGAUUAUGGUGGCGACACCGAGCAUGACGCUCAGGACCGUCGUCGCCGGCGAGGACCUCGUCGUGUGGUACGUAACCAGGAUGAUUCUUUCUCUAAAAUUAAACUCACUAUACCUGAAUUCAAUGGUAAAUAUGAUCCUGAUGCUUAUCUUGAGUGGGAACUUGCUGUUGAUCAAAAAUUUGCAUGUCAUGCUUUUCCUGCACAACAUCAAGUUAGAGCUGCUACUAGUGAGUUUACCCAUUUUGCUUCUAUUUGGUGGCGCGAACAUGGCAGCAAACAUCCCACUGAAAUUCCUACCACUUGGGAUGCUUUAAAAGUUCUCAUGCGCCACAGAUUUGUUCCCUCAUAUUAUGCUCGCGAUAUGCUUAAUAAACUACAGCAUUUAAGGCAAGGUACAAACUCUGUUGAAGAGUACUAUCAGGAGCUGCAAACUGGUAUGCUUCGUUGUGGUUUAGUUGAGAACAAUGAUGCUGCUAUGGCACGUUUUUUGGGUGGUUUAAACCGUGAAAUUCAGGAUGUGCUUGAUUAUAAGGAGUACAAUAAUAUUACUCGUUUGUUCCAUCUUGCUUGCAAAGCUGAACGUGAAGUGCAGGGACGACACGCGAGGACACAUGCUAACUCUUUUGCAGGUCGCACCACGUCGUUCCACUCAGCCCCUAAGCCUGUGGCCGUGUCACACCCAGCAGCGCCAUCUCCACCUAGCGGCACUCCGAGUGACAAGGUAGCAGCAAAAACUCCAGCGCCACAUCAAGCAACAAAGGGCGCCUCUUCCUCUGGACGCACCAAGGACAUUCAAUGCCAUCGCUGCAAAGGUUUUGGUCACGUGAUACGGGACUGCCCCAACAAGCGCACGCUGAUUAUACGUGACAAUGGUGAGUAUUCUUCAGCUAGUGAUUCCGAAGAAACCAUAUAUGCUAUGCUUGCCACUGACGUUGCAGGAACCGAAGAAGAACAUGUGGCUGCCACUGACGCCGACAAGUAUGAGAGUCUUGUUGUGCAGCGCGUUCUCAGCACGCAGGUUGCACAACCAGAGCAGAACCAGCGCCACACCUUGUUCCACACCAAAGGCGUUGUGCAAGAACGAUCUGUUCGCAUCAUUAUUGACGGCGGCAGCUGCAACAACUUGGCAAGCACGGAUCUGGUGGAGAAGUUGUUUCUCUCAACGUGCCCACACCCACACCCCUACCAUAUUCAAUGGCUAAACCAGGGCGGCAAACUCAAGGUAACACGCUCGGUACGUGUUCAUUUCUCUAUGGGGUCCUAUCAUGAUUAUGCCGAUUGCGAUGUUGUUCCCAUGGAAGCCUGUUCGUUGCUGCUCGGUAGGCCUUGGCAAUAUGAUACGGAUAGCUUACAUCAUGGUCGCACAAACCAUUACUCUUUGAUGUUUAAGGGCAAGAAAAUAAUUCUUCAUCCAAUGACCCCUGAACAGAUUGUAAAAGAUGACAUCGCUAGAGCUAAACAACACCAGCAGCAACCGCACAUACAAAACGAGAUUAAACUGAAAGCUCCUGUUUUGCUAGCCACUAAAUCUGAUUUCGAUGAAGUACGUGAUGAUAAUCUGCCAUGCUAUGCGCUUGUAUGCUCUCAUGUGCUGUUUUCACUAGAUGAUGUGCCAUCUUUGGACAUACCCCCUGCUGUUACUAAGCUUUUGCAGGACUAUGCCGAUGUGUUUCCGAAGGAGUUACCACCAGGUCUUCCUCCCAUUCGCGGCAUUGAGCACCAGAUCGACCUCAUCCCAGGCGCCCAGCUUCCCAACCGCGCCCCGUACCGUACCAAUCCCGCUGAAACAAAGGAGAUUCAGCGCCAAGUCCAAGCGUUACUUGAUAAAGGCUACAUUCGUGAGUCUCUUAGCCCUUGCUCUGUUCCUGUUUUACUUGUUCCAAAGAAGGAUGGUACCUGGCGCAUGUGCGUAGAUUGUCGCGCGAUUAACAAUAUCACGAUUCGUUAUCGCUAUCCUAUACCUCGCCUUGAUGAUAUGCUUGAUGAGCUUAGCGGUGCUGUUAUAUUCUCCAAGGUCGAUUUGCGUAGCGGGUACCACCAGAUUAGAAUGAAACUUGGGGAUGAAUGA